CGGCUCUGCGCUCACCUACUGCCCAAGCCUCCUGCUCCUGCCCCAGGACCCACAGCGGGACCCCAGUCCAUCCCAGACAGCCCCAGCCCAGACAGCGUGCAACGCCGCCAGGGGGCGCCGUGUGAGCGCCCUAUUUUGGCCACCCGGCGCCCCCUCCCACGGCCCAGGCGGGACGGGACGGGGGCGCCGGGGGCCAUGCGGGGCCAGGGCCGCAAGGAGAGUUUGUCCGAUUCCCGAGAUCUGGACGGAUCCUAUGACCAGCUUACAGGCCACCCUCCGGGGCCCACUAAAAAAGCGCUGAAGCAGCGGUUCCUCAAGCUGCUGCCUUGCUGCGGGCCCCAGGCCCUGCCCUCAGUCAGUGAAACAUUAGCAGUCCCAGCUUCCCUCCGCCCCCACAGACCCCGCCCGCUGGACCCAGACAGCGUGGAGGAUGAGUUUGAACUGUCCACGGUGUGUCACCGGCCAGAGGGUCUGGAGCAGCUGCAGGAGCAAACCAAAUUCACGCGCAAGGAAUUGCAGGUCCUGUACCGGGGCUUCAAAAAUGAGUGUCCCAGCGGAAUUGUCAAUGAGGAGAACUUCAAGCAGAUUUACUCUCAGUUCUUUCCUCAAGGAGACUCCAGCACAUAUGCCACUUUUCUCUUCAAUGCCUUUGACACCAACCAUGAUGGCUCCGUCAGUUUUGAGGACUUUGUGGCUGGUUUGUCGGUGAUUCUCCGGGGAACCAUAGACGACAGACUAAACUGGGCCUUUAACUUGUAUGACCUCAACAAGGAUGGCUGCAUCACCAAGGAGGAAAUGCUUGAUAUCAUGAAAUCCAUCUAUGACAUGAUGGGCAAGUAUACCUAUCCUGCACUCCGAGAGGAGGCCCCAAGGGAGCAUGUGGAGAGCUUCUUCCAGAAGAUGGACAGGAACAAGGAUGGCGUGGUGACCAUUGAGGAAUUCAUUGAGUCUUGCCAAAAGGACGAGAACAUCAUGAGGUCCAUGCAGCUCUUUGACAAUGUCAUCUAGCUCCCUAGGAAAGGGGGUCAGUUGUCCUGGAGGGACCAUACUCUAGCCCUAGUGCAGGUGGAACUAGCCCUUCUCUUCCCAGGUCUGUCCUCAUCCUAGCCCAGCCCUGGGGGCUGUAGGAAUCUAAGAGCCUGGGGAUUCAGUGGUCCAGAUUGCUGGAGCUAAAGGGGCCAGGGCAUGGGUAGAAUGUAUCUGUGGGGUGUUCCUAACUCCCAACAGCUCCCACCCUCUUCCUGCCUGACACUCAGUGCUGAGGGUACCCCUGCUAUAGGAAAUAAAUGGUUCUUCACCUUCCAUCGCCACUUUAGAAACUACAACACUAGACAGAAUGUCUCCUGCUAUGGUGCUUUCCCUAUCCCUGACCUCAUAUGCAUUUCCUCUAAGAUUUCCUUCUCAGAGAGUCUGCUCUGUCCAUGCACUGACUGGCCUUUCAGACCAGGGCCUUUGAGAGCCUUGUAGGAGGGGGACAAGAAGGCCUGAGCCAGGUGGUUAGAUCAUAGAUGGCUGGGGUAGAGUUCAGAAAGGCCUGGAGAUUGUCAGUGACACCUCAAGGCAUGCCAGGCUAUAGCUCUGAGCUCCACAGGUUUGCUACCCCAGGCUAUCAGAAUAUGAGUUCCAGGCCCUUCAGAAGACUCUGUCUCCUUGGAAAUGCCCCAGAAAUUUCCAUACUCUCCUCAGUAUUCCAGGAGAGCCUGGGAUCCUGAUGUCUGGCUCAUGCCUGGAAUUCCUUCCUCUCCUUCCUUCCUGUUUGUUGGGGUGGAGGUAGCAGCAGGGGAAUAUGGAUGGGAGAUGUCCCAGCUGAUAUCUGCCAAAGUUUUAGCCUAUCCUCCCUGAUGGAUACAACUUAAGUUUUCAUUUGCCAUUUCUUCUAGACUUGGAGGCAUGGAGUGAGUCAGGGACCAUCCAGUGGAUGCCUUAGAAGAAAGGGGAAGGAGGGAGGCAGGCAUAGCAUGCCUGUGAGGGGGCAUUCACUAGAAUCUUUGAUCUACCCAGGCUCUGUUCCAACACCCACAUAACCUCCUCAAUUCCUACUUAGGGUCUCCUCUUGCUUUAUUCAAUCUACCCAGAGAUGCCCCUGUACACACCUAGAAGGCAGGGACCACCCUUGCCAUGUUGCCACCCUUUAAUAAACCUGCUCGUUCCAUUUAGCUCACCCUCCCAGUCAGUCAGGAUCUGAGGGGAAGGGCCCUGAGGGAGCUCCCUUUCCCAUCAGAACACUGUUGACUGCUCUGCAUUUUUGGCUUCUCUGUAUAUUUUGUAAAAUAAAAAAAUACACCAAUCCAAUAAAACACAAUGGCUAUGCA